CUUCAGUAUAUAUACAUACAGAGAAAAUUAAAGCAGAUCAUCAGGUGAGAAAAUAUAUUAGCUAUCUAUGGAGGUGACAAAUAGAUACACAACCAUCAAGACCCACAUAGAUGCUGCACCAAAGGAGUCUGAUUUCGAGCUCAUGACUGCACCUCUUGUUCUGUCACUCGAGCCUGGGUCUGCUGAUAUUAUUGUCAAGAAUCUCUAUGUGUCCAUAGACCCUUACCAGCUAAAUCGCAUGAAAACUUAUAGCCCCACUCACACACUCUCAGAUUACUCGCUCCGCAUUACUCCUGCUCAGGCAAUUGAAGCUUAUGGAGUGGCAAAGGUGGUGGUUUCUGGAAAUCCUGAAUUUGAGAAGGGAGAGUUGGUUGUGGGGCUUAUUGAAUGGGGAGAGUAUAGUUUGAUUAAAAGUGGUGGAAUUAUAAGCAAGUUGGAUCCCAUGGGGUUUCCUCUGUCUCACCAUGUUGGAAUACUAGGACUUACAAGUGGAUUGACAGCCUAUGCUGGAUUCUUUGAGAUCUGUAAGCCUAAGAAAGGUGAGAAAGUUUUUGUAUCUGCUGCAUCUGGUGCAGUUGGAAAUCUGGUUGGUCAGUACGCAAAGCUGCUUGGAUGCUACGUCGUCGGCUGUGCUGGAACCAAAGAAAAGGUAGCAUUGCUGAAGGAAAAACUUGGCUUUGAUGAUGCAUUCAACUACAAGGAAGAAAACGAUUUGAAGUCAACUCUUAAGAGGUACUUCCCAGAAGGGAUUGAUAUAUACUAUGACAAUGUGGGUGGUGAAAUGCAAGAGGCAGCAGUGGCUAACAUGAAUAGAUUUGGAAGAGUGGCUGUUUGUGGGGUAAUAUCUGAAUACACAGAUGAUGGAAAAAGAGCUGCACCAGAUAUGCUAGACAUUGUUUACAGAAGAAUCAGAAUUCAAGGAUUCUUAGCUGCUGAUCACAUAAAUGUGUACGCGGAUUUCAUGUCAACAACUUGUGAUCACAUUCGUUCUGGCAAAAUUCUGGCGCUUGAAGACAUAUCAGAUGGGGUGGAGAGCAUUCCCUCUGCUUUUGUCGGACUAUUCCGCGGUCACAACAUCGGAAAGAAAAUUGUACGAAUUGCAGAAGAGUGAGUACAUGAAUGAACUGCGCCUCACCAUCCUGUGAUAGGCAUCUUCUAUUCACAUGCUAUACCUGUGAUUCCACUCUUGUGUUUUUGUUUUCAUAUGUAAAAGUAGCUUCUUUAAGAAACCAAGUAUACUGCCGGCUAUGGCAAUGAAUUUACCAAAUAUAUAUAUACAACUUUUCUCA